AUUUUGGGAUGAGCUAAUUAACUAGCUAAGUUGCUAUACCAAAGUUUUCAGUUCAAGCAGUGUUAAUGUGUUUGGCUAGCUUGCUAGUUAAGUUGCUAAUGUGUGUUUAGCUUGCUAAGUAGGCUUCGUCAGACGGCAGUAGUGUGCAAAUGCAAGAUGGCUAAUAUUGUUCUGACGAUCCUCCACUUGAUCUCCACAACUGUAGGAGGGUUGUUCCGUCAUGACAGCACCACUGGUGCAGCCAGUGUCGAGUUCUGGGUGGCGGCGGCGACAACGCUGCUGCUGAUCAAGUUCGCCGUCGAUUCCAUCGGCCCCCGCUUCUCCUCCCAGAAGUACAUCAACCCUGCUGUCCAGCUCCUGCGGAUACUGAACCAUUAUGCUGUGAGCUACACCCUGGGGCUCAUGCCGCCGUCGUCCUCCCAUCAAGGUACCGUGGCGAACGCCUUCUUCAAGGUGUGGGCCGUCCUCAUCGUCACCAUGCAGGACAGCAUCCGCAUCGGCCGGCCGUACCAGCCCAAGGAGAUGACCCUCGUCGACAUGCUCACCUCGCUGUGGUCGGCCAACCAGCUUCGGGCGAAGACGGCGAUACACCUCAGGGUGCCUCUCUGGCUCAUGUGGUCCAUCCACGCCUCGCGCAUCGUCUGGUACUACAUCACCUCCAGCGCGGCUGCCAGAGCUAGAGAUGAUGACAUGAAGCUUGUCAGUGACUACAUGGCGAUGCCGACGCAGCACACGUCCAACGAUGCCAACCCGGCCACCAUGGCGGGGUACAAGUACAUCGUUCUCGGGGAGGAGAAGCUGAAGCAGCAGAUAAAGGUCGAACCACCCAGCUUCACACAGACGCAACUUGCGCAGGAGGAGGUCAUCACUGUGGAGAAGGUCUGGAGCCAAGGGAGCAGCGAUGCCCUGCUCGGUGAGGCCGGCGACAGCAGCAACCGGUUCAAGGACGUGUGCCUCUCCUUCGCCCUGUACAAGCUGCUGCGCCGUCGGUUCUUCAACUUCCCCAUACAUGAGGCCAGCCAUGCAGGCACCCGGCAGCUCGUUGUGGACGCCAUCCUAGAUGACAAGAAGGGCUACGAGAGGGCGUUCCGUGUGACGGAGGUAGAGCUGUCCUUCCUCCAGGACUUCUUCUACAGCAAGCACGCUGAUGUCUUCGCCAGUGGCUUCCCUUGCGUGAGGUUGCUGCUAUCGCUUCUGAUGACAGCAGCUGCCUCAUACCUGGCCUACGCAGUGCAUGAUAUGCCUAGUGUUAGCACAGGCCUCACUGCCAAGGGCCGCCUCGCUAGGAUCAGCCAUGGAGUGUUCGUCACCCACUGCAUCAUCGCCAUACUUGUCAUUAGAGAGCUCUGGGAGAUUAUCGUGCACGUCUUCUCGCAGUGGACCAAUGUCUUGAUCAUCUGCAGCUACAUCAGGUUGCGAGGACGUCAAGGCUGCUGGAUCCAGGGGCUGCGGCUUUGGAUGAUGGAGAAGGUGGCGAGGAUCAUGUUCUGGCUCAUCGGGAGGGGACGAAGCCGACGGGACCGCAAUAUUCGCCAGUGCAACCUAGUGAUGUCGGCUCGGACUGGAAGCAUAGCCCGCGUUACAAGAGUUAUCUUUAGAACAAGGUAGCUGCGGAGGGAGGUGAAGAUGGAACUGUUUUCGUCAAUCAAGGCCCUCCUGAAUUCUCAAGAGGCGGCAGCGUCAGUGGCGGCUGGAAGGACGAGGAGUUCACCAGAGGAGUUGGCGCAGAAAAAGAACGAGCUAUUGCGGUCUUACCUUGGGAAUGCCUUCGCCGACAUCGAACACCUUGUCAGUCAGAUCGAGCAUAUCCAAAGAGAGAUCAAGGGCGAGGGCGAGACCCACAAGAUUCUAGCCUGGCACAUCGCCACCAGCCUCUGCCAGAUCAAACUACUGGAACAACAAGCCACCGGUCGCUGGCGAGACGACCUGUAUAACCUCACUCUGCCCGAGGGCGGUGGUGAUGGUGAACUCGCAGAUGUGUGGCCGCAUUAUGUCACCGCCGUCACCCUGUCCAACUACCGUGCGUACCUGGUCAGGCAGGCACUGGUGCCGGACAAUGGCCUCGUCGCCUACAAGGUCCUCCAUGAAGUGAGGAGGGAGGCCGCACAAUCCAUGCGCGGGUGCAACGCGAUGCAAGGGCUUCCGCAUCAGCUCAUCCUAAACUCCAACAGGCCGCGGUGCAAUGGGGACGACGGUGAGAGGGCAUCAUUGACAUUGGCGCGCUGCUAUCGGAGGAGCUCGUGGCGGCGUUCGGUGGCGGCGCCGAGGUCGAGCUAUGGAAGAGGCUGGGCAAGUUCUGGGCGGGUUUCCUGCUGCACCUGUCGGCAUCGACGAGGGCGGCGAAGCAUCAGGUGCACCUGCGCGGGAGCGGGGAGCUCACCACGCACCUGUGGGUGCUCCUUUCGCACGCCGGCUUCCUUGGUGAGACCAGCCAUGGCGAUCAAAUGCUCGACCCGGCUGACCUCACCAACUCCUAAUUAUGCUGAAGCAUCGUAUAUAGAUUUAUUAACAUCUAUAUGAAUGUGAGCAAUGCUAGAAAGUUUUAUAACCUGAAACAGAGGGAGUAGCUUGUAUCAUCAUAUCAUAGGCAGAUUGUACUUUUAAGCAUAUAUUGCAAGCUAAUAAACUUGGGUUUAAGAGCAAA